UUUUUUUCCUUUUUUGCGGUACGCGGGCCUCUCACUGUUGUGGCCUCUCCCGUUGUGGAGCACAGGCUCCGGAUGCACAGGCCCAGUGGCCAUGGCUCACGGGCCCAGCCACUCCGCGGCAUGUGGGAUCUUCCCAGACCAGGGCAUGAACCCAUGUCCCCUGAAUCGGCAGGCGGACUCUCAACUAGUAUGCCACCAGGGAAGCCCCCAACUCUGAAAUUUUUUAACCUCGAUAUGUAGUCCAUAAAUGUGGGAAGAGUUUCCAUGUCCAAGUUUCUCUCUUUCUCUUUGUGAAUAGCCUUGUUUACUCAAUAAAACACUAUGAGAUGAGAUUAAUUAUGAUUCUUUCUCUUUCAGGUGAGAGUUAAUUUGGGGACAGGUGAACAAGGGCUCCUUUCUGAGAAAAGACUUCGUGUGGAUGACUUGGUUUGGCAUUUAGUGGAAUUGUACUGUUUUAAGGAUAAUAUCUCUCUGGUUAUUGACAAACAUUAUGAGAUGACUGGCCAGAUCCCCGGCGGGAUGCACGAUUUGCACUGUCAGCGUGGAAUCUACGUAGCAGGCCACGGUGGACUUGAUGUCCCGUGCCUAGAUGGAGGGAUCCCCAAUUUCCGUGGAUGUAUGGAGGAUGUGGCGUUUAACCAGAGGGAGAUCCUUAACAUCCCUUAGAUCUUACCCUGGUUUUAAGAAAGUUUAUGAGGUGUCACUAGGAUGCAAUGAUGAAUUUUUUGCAGCGGAGGAUGAAGCCAUCAAUUUCUUUAGCUCCAGGUCCUAUGUCUCCUUCCCAGAAUGGAGGGUGCAAGGGGAUGGGCUAUUUGAAUUUGCUUUGCAGACUGGAACUCAACAAGCCUUGCUUUUAUUUCAGUCAGGUAGAGAAGGAGAUUUUGUUGCUUUGGAAAUAGUUAAAGGUUUAUUGAAGGCUCAUGUAGGAAGGAAUAAGAGUAACACUCUGCUCUCUUCUGUUUGCUUAGUUAGUGACAACCAGUGGCACGUUAUUCAACUCAGAUUCACUGAAAGGUAUCUGGACCUGAUGGUGGAUGAACAGGGAGUAAGGACAUGGCUGCCUUUACAAAGCAAACCGUUUGUAUCUGAAGGCCCUCUCUUCGUGGGAGGUCUUGAUAGCCUCAAGGGAGAAGAAGUUAAAAGGUUAGAACUUGCCUCUGUGCCUAGGAAAUGUGCUCAAGGAAUCUCUUUCAAAGGCUGCUUAAGAGGCUUGGAAGCCAACUCAGAAAAGAAAGCAUUAAAGGAUGCCCUAUUUCCAAAGAUAUAUCUGCUGGGUGUAAAAUGAAGAGUGGUGAUAACAAAAACCCUUCUGUAACAACCACAGAAAAGCUGCUUCAGGCAGAAGUUCCCCUUUCCACGGCCGACCCUGAGGUAGGCAAGCCUAUUCUUCAAGAAGCCAAUAGCUAUUGCUUGGUUCUGAAUAACUUGAAGGUCCAAGAAGGUGGGCAAGCCCUACUGGAACAAAGGCAUAUGAAGGUGGAUGUGGAGUUGAAGGAUUUGGGUUUCCAUCAGUCUCAGAUACUAUUUAAAAAAGGAGAUGCCUAUUCGUGGGUUCCUUUGAUUAGAUGUUUCCCCCGAACAAGAAAUGGAGAAGGCUUUUACUCUGUUAGAUUUGGGGCAAGGAAGGGUUUGGUAUGUCCAUGAUGGUUCAGAAGAACCUAGGGAUUAUUUCACAUUUUCUGUCUCUUCCAACAGCAAGAAGGAAGCGCCAUUAUAUCUUCAAGGACAUGUUUCAUAUGUGUUUAACAUUAUUGCCGUUCCAGUAAAUGAUCCCCCAAAUCUUAAGCUCCCCGAAGGAAACUUGCUUCUCGUGUUUGAGAACUCUAAGAAACGACUGACUCCAAAUACCAUACAUGUGUCUGACCCAGACACAGAUUCCUUGAGUCUUAGUUUCUCAGUUCUUGCAACUUCAAUUCAGAUGCUGGGUUUUUAGAAAACACCAAUGAUCCUGGGAGAGCCAUUAAUGGUUUUACAUAUGGGGAUUUAAGAGAUGGCAACAUUUUGUAUGUGCACAGGGGCCAUCGGAACUCCCAGAUCCUUCUGAGAGCAAGUGAUGGAGAGCUGGUUAGCAAUACAGUGGUGUUACGGGUCAUGGCUGUUCCUUGGGACUUUGCAGUGGCCAGUAGAACCAGUGUGGUCGUACGGCAGGGUGGCACGGUUCUGAUUACACAGAGCAACUUGUUGGUGGAGGUUAAUGGUGAAGGCCCUGAGGUGGACACCCACUAUGUUAUCACUCAUCCACCUUGGUAUGGCCAGAUUCAGUGGCAGGGGUCAAGUGGCGAGUGGAAACAAACUAGUACCUUCUCUCACCGUUCCGUUGAUUGGGGGUACUGUAGUACAUUCAAAGAAUUGCAGCUAGAAAAUAUUACGGAUCAUUUUAAAUUUAAAGUUAACAUAGAAGGAAAAAGCAGUGAAGAGCUGAUGUUUCUGGUUAUGGUACAGUGGCUGAAGUUUACCCUUCUGAAAAAUGUUCCUCUUGAGAUCAGUAAAAUAAACAGGCACAUAUUGAAUUCUGAUCAUUUGCAGGCUGUGACAGAGGGUGUGGAAGUAGCUGAGAGGGAACUCCAUUUUAAGUUACUGACCCCACCUAAGAAAGGAAAAUUGCUACUUGGCACAAAAUUUCUAAAAACAAACUCAGUCUUCAGCCAACAAAACGUUACAGACUCUAAGAUAAGUUAUGAACCACAGGGAAGGAGGCCCAGGGCACAUUCACAAGACACUAUUAGGUUCUUGAUGGUUGCAGAACACAUGGAAUCAAAAGAUUAUAUGUUCAGAAUAAAUUUUAAAGCAGAUAAGAGGCGCAUUAUUGUAAUGAACAGAGGAUUAUUUGUAAAAGAAGGAGAAGAGAAAUUAAUCACAAAAUUGGAGUUAUUUGCUCAAACCUCGGACAGUCAGACUUUCCAGUAUAAAAUCACCAAGAGUCCUCAACAUGGGAAGCUGAAACUGACUCGAUCUUCAGAUUCUCUGGGAAGUCAUGACAGUAUCACCACAUUCACUGCUCAAGACAUCUUGGGUGAGCGGCUCAUGUACGUGCACGAUGACUCUGAGACCCAGUGUGACGAGUUCCUCCUCAUGGCCUCCACCGCAGGACCAGGCCAAGAGGGAGUGGCCAGGGAUUUUGAUACAGAGCAUCUGUCUGCAGAAAUUAAAGUCACCGUUUCUGUGGAGUUAAAGAACGAUGAGAAACCAGUGUGUGCGGUGGAUAAGGUCUUUCACGUCGUGCGGAACGGCCAGCGCUUGUUGACCCUAGCUAAUCUCUGUUACCAUGACCCCGAUGCAGAUUUUGAUGAUGGGCAGUUGCUCUACACCCGGUGGGGCAUCCCGAAUGGGGACUUGGUGCAAGCCAGUGACCCGACUCAGAAACUCUACCAGUUCAGGCAAGAAGACCUGCGGGAAGGGCGUGUGCUCUUCAGGCAUCAGGGCGCAGGCUCGGCCUGCUUUGUGCUGUUUGUGACAGAUGGCGUCCACUACACAUCGUCCCUCCUCGAGGUCAGUGUGUCAGAUCUCUGUGUCCGCAUAGCCAACAACACAGGACUGCUGGUACAGAGGGGAAAGGACAGCAGCCUCACGACAACCAACCUCAGUGUCACCACAAACCAAGAUGUCAGAACAGACCACGAGAUCAAAUUCCACAUCCCGUGUCCCCCAAAGCAUGGCAGAGUGCUGGUCAACAGCUCAGGGCCCAGCUCAUUUUCCCUGCGUGACUUGAAGCAAGGACGUGUGAUUUAUAGACACGACGGCAGUGGCAGCUUCAAUGUGUUCAACCUGACGGUGAAAGUUAAAGAUACAUAUUUAGAAGUGGGCAUGUACGUGCAAGUGGACUCGGAAAGCCACCAACAUCACACCCAAAUUCUGCACAGCAAGACCCUUGUGGUUGAAGAAGGAAAACCAGUAAAACUGAGUAGAGGAAGGCUCUUGAUUUCUCUCCUGGUAUUUGGAAUGACUUUGAAAAAAUGUAGAUGCCAUUGAGAAGAGAAGCUAGAAGGUUUCAUGAUUUUGAUACUGCUAAUUGUGCUAUAGGGAGAAAUGGAAUAUAAAUAAUCCUCAGCCUCAUUUUAAAGCUGUGUGCACGUGAUCACACGCGCAUGCAUGUAUGUUUGGUGUAGGAGGACCUGAGAAGGAGGACGGAAUGUAUAUAUUAUAGUAAAUGAAGAGGUCAUUGCUUUUUUCAUUUGUCACGGCAACACUGCCAGUAUUUCAUUUGGUCUGAGUUACAUUUGUAAUGCGGUGAAGCCGGGUAUAAACGAGUAGGGUAAUUUAACAGACAUAAAAAGGAUCCCUAAAAUAGAAGAGGAUACUAUAUUACACAGUUUAUUUCCUUAGCUGUGAAUGUGGCCUUGUGUAAUUUCUUGAAAUGGAUGGAUCAAAUUGGCCUAGACCAGUGGAAGGCCAGGGGUGAGACCUCAUACCAGAAGCUGCCUGGUUUCCUGAGGCUCCAACUUGGAAGCUUCCAGUAGCACAGCCCUGCUGCUGAGAGUCAGGAGUGAGUAAUCUGUGCAGGGUAUGUAAACUAUGAUUUAUGAUAAUUGGCCACAAAUGCAGGCUAUUCUGAAUCUACCAUCAGGACUGCAAACGAGUUUGCCUGCUUGCUAAAUACAACCGAUAACAUCAAGUAGAAAUGAAUUCAGAUCAGAAGCAGUUUACUAAAUAAUGAGUUUUGACUAAGAGAAUACGUGGCCUACCAGCUUUCCUCAAUUCUUUUUCAGGAUCUUAGAGAGUUAAAGUUUCACCACAAGGGGGCGUAUAUAGUUCAGUGACUAUAAAUCAGUAACAAUGACAGUUUUGAGAUGGAUUUUGCUGAAUCCGUAAAAUUAAAUGUAUAUUGAAAAUACUGAACUAGUUUAAAAAUAAGCUUCCCUCUAAAGUCUUGCAAUUUCAGUGAGUAAGCUGCUAUUUCUUCUACCAUCUUUUAUUCCUUCUCCUUAUACCAUUUUAUUUCUUUCAGCACAACUUUCUGAGUCCUAGGUCUCUUGCCACUGUGAAUGAUGCCUUGUUAGUACAUUAGUAGCUGUUCAAAUGUUGCUUUUCCUUUGUGACCAGGGCUGAAAUUCAAAAUAGUAGCAUGGUCACCAGAACAGACCGGGGCUUAAACUGUGUAUCUGCCUGGAUGGUAACCUAAGCCAUUUGUGGACGUUAAUACAAAACAAUUAGGUUCAUCAGGGGUCUUGACUCUUUCAUGUGUUAAUGUUUUUCUUUUUGUCUGUGUGUUGUGAAUGUGCACUCAGGCUGGGCAUGAAGAUGAUAUUCCGUCAGAGGCAGUGUUCAUUGUUAGGACUCCGCCCGUGCAUGGAUACCUCCAAAGAUCUUUAUCAGAGGAGGGCAGCUUGGGUUCAGAUGAAAAGUCACCUUUGAUUUUUACACAACAGGACAUUGACGAUGGUUCUAUCCAUUAUGUACAGACAACUCCUGACCAACAACAGGACUGUUUUUUACUGGAUGUGAUGAAUGGCUUCCAAGCUGUGAGGAGACUUGAAAUCUUGGUGGAUAUUGUCCCUAAGUGGAUUCCUCUGGCGGUACAAAAUUUCACAGUCCAGGAAGGUGGUUCCAAAGCACUUCCAGAAGACUACUUCAAAAUUCCAAGCAAACAUUUUGAGGGACUUGACUGUGAAUUUGUUGUACUCAAACCACCAAAACACGGUUAUGUUGAAAAUUCUCAUUUUCCAAGAGUAAAGCUAAUGAAAUUUACCAGGAAACAGGUAGGAAAUGAAUUGAUUUCCUAUGUUCAUGAUGAUAGUGAGGACCUUCUUGACAAUUUCACCAUCUUUGCAAAUAGCUCAGAGCGUGGAAAACAGAGUUUGCCUCAAACUCUUUCUGUGACUGUCGAAUCAGUAAAUGAUGAGGCUCCAGUAAUAACAGCCAAUAAAAUCCUCCAGGUAAGUGCUCCAUGCUUCUGGAUUUAUCAUAAUAACAUAGAACUACCAAUUUGAUUUUCUUUUGUGGUAUUUCUACUAUUAAAUAAUAAGAUAUAUGACUACGUAUGUAUACUUGGCAUAUUCCUCCUGGUUUUAAAUAAAUGCUAGUUAUUACCAAGACAUUCUGUUGGUUACGGCUUGCGCUAUUCUAACCCAGUAAUCUUAAAUGCUGUUUUCUAAGUGGCAAAGGAUCUAGACCACCAAGCUACAAGAUGGUG